AGCUGUGUAUUCGUGUCAUACAGCGUACUGUCGUCUGUUUGCUGUGAUAAGAGAAAUGUAUCAAGUUGACUUUUGAUAUAUUUGUGAAUUAUUUUAAAAUCUUAUCAAUUCAUUAUUAUUUCUAAAACUAAUCAGAAUGAUAGAGUUUGAUGAUGAAUAUUUCUUUGAAGAAGACAAAAUUAUCUCUUUGUUUGAAGCAGCAGUGUUGAAUCGCCAGUAGAUAAACCCGUAUACAACUUUGAAAAUCAUUUUGUGAAAACGAGAAUUUAUUUUUGUAAAAAAUGUGGUCAAGCGUUGGAGCUCAGUUCACCGAAUAUAACUACACUUUACUUGAUAUUGCUACCACAGCUCCUAUUCCAAAUGACUAUGUUUUCAGUCAGGACGAAUUCACUGAAGAUAGACUGGGGAUGACAAUAACCUCUGGGAUUGUAACAAUAAAGAAGGAUGCAACCAAUCUUAUUGGCAUCAGUAUUGGAGGAGGAGCACCUCUCUGUCCUUGUCUUUACAUUGUUCAGGUAUUUGACAAUACGCCAGCGGCUAAGGAAGGAACUCUGGAGAGUGGGGAUGAGUUGGUGGGGGUGAACGGGGCAUCAGUCAAGGGCAAAACCAAGGUGGAAGUCGCCAAAAUGAUACAGGCAUGCAAGGAUGAAGUGCAGAUAAAGUACAACAAGCUGCACGCGGACCCGCAGCAGGGCAAGACCCUGGACAUUGUGCUGAAGAAGGCCAAGCAUCGGCUGGUGGAGAACAUGAGUGCAGCCACGGCCGACGCUCUCGGCCUGUCGAGGGCCAUCCUCUGCAACGACACCCUCGUCAAGAAGCUCGAAGAGCUCGAGGAGAAGGAGGUCAUGUACCGCGGUCUCGUCGACCACACCAAACGGGUCAUGAAGGCCACGCUCAAUCUCUUGUAUGUAUACAAGGCAUUUGGCGAUGCUUUCGCGGAGAUCGGAGUGAGAGAGCCGCAGCCGAGGGCAAGUGAGGCAUUUAGGCAGUUUGGCGAUUAUCACAGGCAAAUGGAGAAGUCUGGCAUCAAGCAUUUGCGGGCCAUGAAACCAAUCCUGGCCGAUCUUGGAACAUAUUUGAAUAAAGCCAUUCCUGACACGAAGCUGACAAUCAAAAAAUACGCUGACACCAAGUUCGAGUACUUAUCCUAUUGUCUGAAAGUGAAGGAGAAGGAUGAUGAGGAGUAUGGAUAUGCUGCUCUCCAGGAGCCUCUCUACAGAGUCGAAACUGGAAACUACGAAUACAGACUUCUGCUGCGAUGCCGGCAAGAGGCGCGCGCCCGCUUCGCUCGCCUGCGCUCGGACGUGCUCGUCAAACUGGAACUGCUAGACAACAAGCACGUGCAACAUGUUGUGUGGCAGUUGCAGAAACUUGUGGCGGGGCUUGUGGCCUUCCACCAGGAUGCCCACGAGUUGAUCAAAAGCAACUCUCUGUUUCCAAUUGAAAUGGACCUCACGCAGACCGCGUUCCAGUACAACACUACUCAGACUGUUGCUCAGUACGAAGAUGAAGAUGACGAACUACUACAGCCGGCAGAGGAAGUGAGAGAGGAUACAGUAGAGUCUUCGGUGGCCUUGGACAUUGUCGACCUGCUUAAUAGCAAGGAACUCAACGGAACUGAGCAACUGGUAGCCACUGAUGACAACCUGAUUAGCACAGACCCGGCUAAUAGCCACUUCACUAACAUCGACCUCGGCCAAGGUCUGCUUAUACCUGACCUGAAUGCUGCUGACGCAGCAAGUUUGACGACAGAUUUCGCUGAUUUCAGUCUCAACUCGCCGUCUCCAGUUGAUUUGAAGCCGCCCAAUCUUGACCUACAGAAUCUGGAUGAUAAUGAUAUUCCCACUGGGAAGCUGAUUGGCAUUGAGUGAAUACAGAAAUAUCGUGUGUAAAAUAUCGUACUUAAAAUCAACAUUUACAAAUGUAUACAGAUUUAUAUAAAUAUUGCGGAAUUUAUUUGAAUAUAUAUGAAUAAAGAUUUCAAAUAAAUAUUAUCUACACAAAUAAAUAUAUGCUUAAUAGC